CUUCCUACACUAACUCGUCCAGUCGGUAUCAACAACUCGAACAAUGAGGGUGGGAGUAACCUUUGCUGUCUUGCUGGCCACCCUGGCCCUGGCGGUCUCUGCCGAUGAGGAGAUCACUGAUGACGAGGGAGUGCUGGUGUUGACGAAAGGAAAUUUCAAGAAGGCCACCGAAGAUAACGAAUUCGUCCUUGUAGAGUUUUAUGCCCCAUGGUGUGGUCAUUGCAAAGCCCUUGCUCCUGAGUAUGUAAAAGCUGCUGGCAAAUUAGUAGAACAAGAAUCUGCCAUUAAACUUGCUAAAGUUGAUGCAACAGAAGAAACAGAACUGGCAGAAGAACAUGGUGUUCGUGGCUAUCCCACCCUCAAGUUCUUCCGCUCUGGCAAACCCAUUGAAUACAAUGGUGGCCGUCAGGCUGAUGAAAUCGUUAGCUGGCUCCUGAAGAAGACGGGCCCUCCUGCAAAGCUUAUUGCAUCAGUGGAAGAUGUCAAAGCCUUCAUUGAAGAAAAACCAGUGGUUGUCAUUGGAUUUUUCAAGGACCAGGAAUCUGCAGAAGCAAAGGAAUUCUUGGCUGCAGCUUCUUCUACUGAUGAUUUCCCAUUUGGUAUUACAUCAGAGGCAGCAGUGUUCUCUGAAUAUGGUUUGGAGGCUGAUGGUAUAAUUCUCUUUAAGGACUUUGAUGAGGGCAAGAAUGUGUAUGACGGAGAUGUGACAGAAGCAGAAAUAACUAAGUUUGUUGCAGCGAACUCACUUCCUCUGGUAGUCGACUUCAACCAUGAGACUGCUUCAAAGAUAUUUGGUGGAGAGAUCAAAUCCCAUCUCCUCGUAUUCUUGUCAAAGGAAGCUGGCCACUAUGAUGCACACUUGGAGGCUUGCCGUGGUGCUGCUAAGGGUUUCAAGGGCCAAGUUCUGUUCGUGACCAUCAACACUGAUGAGGAGGACCACUCUCGUAUCUUGGAAUUCUUUGGCAUGAAGAAGGAAGAGGUUCCCGGGCUUCGCAUAAUCAAACUGGAGGAAGACAUGGCAAAGUACAAGCCUGAGUCCUAUGAUCUGAGUGAGAGUGCAUUGGUCAGUUUUGUGCAGAGUUUCUUGGAUGGGAAAUUAAGGCAACAUCUUCUCUCUCAGGAGAUUCCUGAAGAUUGGGAGAAGGAGCCAGUCAAGGUCCUGGUUGCAGCGAACUUCGAUGAAGUAGCAUUCAACAAGGAAAAAGAUGUCCUUGUGGAAUUCUAUGCACCGUGGUGUGGCCACUGCAAGCAGCUGGCUCCCAUCUAUGACCAGCUGGGCGAGAAAUUCAAGGACCACGAUAGUAUUGUUAUUGGUAAAAUGGAUGCCACUGCAAAUGAACUAGAGCAUACGAAGAUUCAAUCCUUCCCUACACUUAAAUUGUAUAAAAAGGAAACCAAUGAGGUUGUUGAAUACAAUGGAGAACGCACAUUGGAGGGCAUUUCAAAGUUUUUGGAAACAGGCGGUAUAUAUGGCCAGGCUGCCCCAGAUGACAUUGAGGAUGAAGAAGAAAUUGACGAAGGUGGUGAUGUGCCUACAAAGGAUGAACUCUAGGUUAAAGGUGCUGUCAGUGAAGGUGAUCAGUAGUCCCCUGAAGUCCGAGCAGUGGGAGACUAGUGUUUACCUGCAUUGUUAAUGUUUACAUCAAAAGGAACCCCCUACAUAUUAAAUUGUAUAUUGCCUUAUUAAAAGAUCUAGCAAAAAUUAGUUAAUUGGCACACUAAUUGGAAACUAAUCCUAUUGUGUAACUAGGGGGAACAUUUCUAAGAAGUUACGUUCCAGGUAACCUCAUAGUAAAUAUAUGUUGAAUGUUGAGUUUUUCAUUUAUAUUGUUAUGUAUGAGCAAAGUGGUAUGCAAAGACUAUUUUUUCUAUGCUUUAAUGUAUUUUCAUCACCACAUUCCUUAACUCUUUUUAACGUGGGGGCAUUUAACCCUUGUGACUGGAAUAGGGAAUGGUACAAAUCUAGUUAUUUAUGGAGAAUUGGAAUAAUAAGAUAAAGCAGUAACAUUACCACUGGCUGGGUCAGUGGAUGAUAGUGAUAAAUGCUGAUGCAUGUUGUACAUUCCCUUGUGGUUGUAUACAUUUUAGCUUUACUGUCGUCUUCCACGGACAAUGUUCUCCCUGUACUAGGCACAAUGCUUCCCGUCGCAGUGUGUUGUGUGAGUGUCGAAGGUUCCGAGGGUCCUUGAGUAAUGUAUGAACCGUACCAGUGACUUUUCCAAUAAAAUCAGAAAGGUUUUCUA